AUGGGAACUCGAGGUCUUGAGGUUGUACGCUUCAAUCGUCGUUACUACAUUCGAUAUCACCGGCUUGACAGCUACUUUGAGGGCCUCGGAGCCAAAAUUGUUGCAAAAAUCCCCACAGACCCUGACGAAUACCAAAAUUGGCUCCAGUCCAUGCGAGCAGAGUAUGCGGCCAAGGAAAGGGCCCUUGAAGCCCUCGUCUACGAGAUACGCGACGGCGUCCAACCCGACUAUUCGCAGUUUAGCGAGUUAGUGUCGCUUCCUUCAGAGAUACCGCGACUAGAUGACCAUGAUGCCGAGUACAUAUACGUCAUCAAUCUCGACCACGAAGUUCUUACCAUGAAUUACGGCAUACAUUGGAAGCUGGGCAAUGUACCGCGUGAGAACAAUCAAUGGCUUCACGCAAUCGAUGACAGCAUCUAUAUGUACAAGCCCACAAUCUCCCUCGAGAGGUGUCCGGAAGAGCACAUGGCCUCGCUGGCCCUGGCGUUGCCCGCGCCCAAAUGGCAGAUCGACUAUAACUUUCGCCAAGUAACCCCAGUGACGGAUAUCGCGGAGGCGCGAAAAGCAUUUCUCACGCACGUCCUGGCCAAUGUCCUUCUUGAGUACAAGGAUGAGAUCACUAACUUUGGGAGGGAGUGGGACCCGGAUUCGUUCCCCUUUCGCGAAUUGACUUUCGCUCUUGUCUCAAUUGCCUCUGGCCAGGCUAAAUUCCAUUCUUUUCCGGCCCAGCGUUGCAAUCCUCGAAAUUGUGGGUCAUGGAACUGCAACUCCAAACACUUACCCAAGUCCCCAGGAUGGCUUGACACAACGUGGGCUGGGAAUAGGGCUCCGUUGCUGGAGUUUGGUUCCCUGUCCCAUAAAACAGGCGAGCAGCCAGGGGUAGCGCCCGCGGAGACAAUAUACUGGUUCAAUGACGCGCUUGUCAGUCUUACGCUGGUGAUUGACGGCGAGGCGAUCAACAGGGCCGUUGAAUGGGGUCUCCAGCAGGGCCGCGCCAACUUCCAGAUAGUCGUUCUUUCUCUCUUCAAAGUGGCUUUGGCAGAAGUCACUAUGCGUAAAAAUGGGGUUCCGAUCGUGAAAUGCAGCAGCGGUCUUGAUCUCUCGCCUUUGCGUGAAGACUACUGUAUGAGCACACAUCCGCGCGAGCGACCAGAGGCAAAACCUGGGAUGCAGAUCCGGCGUCGGCGUGGUGAGCUCUUCAUGCAAUCGAACUGCACGGGGUCAGUCGAAAGACUGCGGAGCCAGUUCCCCGGGCUCGCGGCGUUGGUCAAUUUUUUCCAAGUCGCGGGGAACCGCCGGGCAUCGUGGAAAUCGCAAGGCCUUCUGCCAUCGGAACUGUACGACCGGAUUCUGGACUUUGUGGACUAUGAUACGUGGAAAGCUUGUCUACUCGUAUCGCCGGCAGUUCGUGGCUGUUGCUUGCGCAAAUACAGGAUUGACGAUCGGAUCAGGAUUGUAGCGGGACCUUUUGUGAGGCUGCGACAAGAGCGUACAAAGGAGCCUCUACUAUCAUUCGACGUUGAAAACGUGCAAACGGGUGAUGUCCUUGCUGUGCAGUGGGUUCCGUAUGACUGGAGGACCUUUGAAUUGAAUUGGAUGCCAGUCAUUGGCAGCGACAGAAAAGCGCUCAUGUUAGAUGUGUCCAUCCAGUAUGAGCCGGCAGAGGAUGAGCCAGUGGAAGCGGACGGUAAAAAAUAAACGUCCAUGAACUUCUUAAUCCCAAAAUUCCGAGCCUAUCUUUGGCCCAUUUUCGGAGCUUGCUUUGGGUAUUCUUUUCUUUUCGAAUAUAUUAUUGACGUGCGUCAAAGCCGGAGCAUCGUAGCAUAGUAGC